AUGCCAUCCCUCCGCAACAUCCUUCACAAACGCGAAGAUAUCACAAGCGAUACAUCUCAACCUCGCCCACCUCCUAUAACAAUCACAACCCCAACCUCUAGCUCGCCCCCAGAAUUCACCUUCCUCCGCUCAGACACCUUCGGUCAAGAAGUCAUAGCACCACCAACCCACGCAGACGACCCUCCAUUCUCGCCAACAAGCCUCAAAUCCCCCACAGACUCCCUCAGCUCCCCCCACGACCCCUCAAGCACAUCCCGCCGCAGCUUUCAACUCUUCUCGCGCAACCGAGUCUCCCGCUCAGAAUCGAUCUCCAGUCCGUCUCCACCCCGCCGCGAGCGCCGACUCUCAAACCUACUACACCUCGACAACCGGCGCAGUCGCAGUGAUUCGCGCGACUCAUCGGUGAAUAUUCCGCAGGACCUACCUCAGAUCGAUGAUGAUGCUGUGGGUGAUAAGCAGGAGCGCGAGGCGGCGUGGGAGAAGAGAGCUACUGUGCUUGCGCAGCAUCAUCCGCAGUUUGGGGGCGUUGGAUCGCCGUUGCAGUCUGAAUUCGAUGUUUCGGAGUGGGGUGGGCAGUCUAGAAGUUCAAGUCGGAGUCGAGCUGGAGACGUGCGGGACGAUGUAAAUAUCCAGGAGGCGAUUCGACUGCAUGAGUCCGGUGAUCUAGAAAAAUCUACCCAAAUGUUCGGUCAGCUUGCCAAUCCUAAUGGUGCAAACAACCCACUCAGUCAAGUUCUGUACGGACUUGCUCUACGACACGGCUGGGGUUGUAUUAAAGAUGAGGCCCAGGCUGUGACUUACCUGUCCGCCGCAGCUUCCAACUCAGCGGCCGUUGAAGCCGAAGCGCUACGCGCCGGAAUCAAAAAAGGUGGCGCCGCUAAAGGAGAGCUCGUUCUUGCUAUUUUUGAGCUAGCUAACUGCUUCCGGAAUGGCUGGGGCGUGGCGAAAGAUCCUGCUGCUGCUAGGCAGUAUUACGAGACUGCGGCGAACCUGGGUGAUACCGAUGCUAUGAAUGAGGUUGCUUGGUGUUAUCUUGAGGGAUUUGGCGGAAAGAAAGAAAAGUUCAAGGCAGCUAAGUAUUAUCGACUUGCUGAGGAGAGUGGCUGUCCUACAGUGGGAAAUUCAUGGAUCUGGAAAGAGAAAUAUAAUCCCCAGUAA